GGGCGGGGCUUGAACCGCGCAGGCGCGGUGAGGGAGGGGGCGCAACCCAGUGAGGAGGAGGCGGCGGCGGCGCGCGAGCGGCUGUGGUCGGUGCGCGCGCCAAGAUGAGUGAAUCUCUGGUGGUUUGUGAUGUUGCCGAAGACCUGGUGGAGAAACUGAGAAAAUUCCGAUUUCGCAAAGAGACCAACAAUGCUGCCAUUAUAAUGAAAAUCGACAAGGAUAAGCAGUUGGUGGUGCUGGAUGAGGAGCAUGAGGGUAUUUCUCCUGAUGAGCUAAAGGAUGAGCUGCCCGAGAGACAACCUCGAUUUAUUGUGUAUAGUUACAAGUACCAGCAUGAAGAUGGAAGAGUUUCCUAUCCAUUGUGCUUUAUCUUCUCCAGUCCAGUUGGAUGUAAGCCUGAGCAGCAGAUGAUGUAUGCUGGAAGCAAGAAUAAGCUUGUACAGACAGCUGAACUCACUAAGGUAUUCGAAAUCAGAAAUACAGAAGACCUAACUGAAGAAUGGCUGCGUGAGAAACUGGGCUUUUUCCACUAAGGAAAACCUCUAAGUAUUUAUGUACCAUCCUGGUGAUACUGGAACCAGACAUGAAUACUUACAUCCAAGCAAUGCACUGUAUUCACAGCUGUCUCCUGCAGUAUCUCUCUUGUGCAGAGUUUGUGCAAAGAAUAGCAGGUCUGUCUCCUUGAAGUAACAAAUCUUUGCAGGUGUUUCCUUAUUUGUACCUGCUAAAAGGGAAUACUCCUCUGCAGGGACUCCUUUUGCACUCCUGUGACUAAUAUUUCUGUAACUAAAAUAGUUCAGUUCUGGAUUUAUAACCGUGUACAAACAUCAUUUGGAAGCUGACGCUAACUUUUUCUGAGCUACAAAUGCAUCCUUAUGACACACAUUAGCCAUUUAUAUGCAGAAUUUAUGUACUGUCACUUACCAGAUUUUUUGACUUAAUGUCUUCUCAGUUUUGAGGCAUUUGUUGGAAGCUCCCUGGAAGCACUUGUUUGGUAUUAAAAAGUCAAAAUCCUUGUACUGCAAAUCCAUCCAUUUAUCUUUCCAUCGAGUCCAUGUGAACUGUCUCAAAUUCUUGGAACUAAUUUUUGUCAUUCCAGUAAUUCCUCAGUUGCCUGAGUCAAUCUUCUUAAAUUUCAGGGCAAAGCUUUGACUGUCCAGUUCUCAUGCUAAUACAGUCUCACAGGAACUAGCUGAUAACUAAGGGCUGAACUACAACUCUGGUUCCUCUUGUACCAGAUUUCUUCUUGCAUCUCUGUUCUGACACUGUUGAGAAGUUUACCUCUGCUCAUUUCCUGUUAUCUGAACACCUGGUGAUACUGUGUGCCUUUCAUUUGUUAGCUUUAAAAGGACUUGAGAAUUUUACACUGCCACUUCUUACAAAUUUGGUAAAAACUUUGUUAAAGAAUCCAAGUAAUAUUUGUUCCUAGUGCCUCGUGCUGCAGUUGACAUCUGUUAAAUCAAAAAGCCAACCUCAUUUUCUUUGAAAUUCCAAUCAUCUGCUCCAUUUGUAGGAGUCAGGAGGUUAAAGCUUUUCAUGAUAAUGAACGAUUUAUAUCUCUUUUGUUAUAAAAGCUGGCCACACAUAGCUUUUGAGUACUUUAAUUACAGCCUCUAACUUUCUUAAUCGCAUUUUGGUCAAAAUUACAUUCCAGAUGAAGCUUUUGCAUAAGUGAUCAUUUUAUUUUCAUCUGCUUAACAGUUCAUCUCUUUGAAACAGCAAAUCUAAUGUGAAAAUAGUAUUUAACUUUUAUAAAUGACCAGUCUUUUUACAGGUCUGUUUUAUAUUGAAUAGAGUAGUUGUGUGAUGUGGGACACGUUCAGCACGUGCUGUGGCAGGAGGAGCACUCAUGGGACAGUCUCUCCCUAUCUUGCUCGUGAGUGUUUGUUGUGCUUCUGAAGAAGUGUCUGCGUAAGAGCAGCUUCCUGUUGAUAACAUACCUUAAAAUACAGCUGCCCCAACCAAUCUCCUUGCUGGGAAGGAAUGCAGUGUUAAAUUUGGAGGCCAGUAUUUCAUGCUGUGAAGCCUUUGCUGAAAGUGGGGUUAUUUUUCAUUUGUCAACUUAGGUUGUGUUAGUGUUAAAACACUAACUCCUGCAAGAUCACAAGGAAUUCAUUUGCAAAGGUCUUCAGUGUUGGUGAAUCUCUUCCUAGUUUGAUGUUAUUGCUCAUUUAUUUGUAUAUAAAUCUGACUUGAGAGGAGCUUUUCAAAAUACAUGUUGGAAUGAUCCAAUUAAAUCGAUCUUUUGGUGCGGGAAAAGUGCUUGUAAUUAAAUUUCUGUGUUAACGUACUGAACUGGAAAAACAAUUUCAUUUCCCUGGACGAAAAAAUGUUGAUUAUGAAACUGUUGCUUGAUCAUUCUGUACUGCAGAUCAAUAAAAACUAUGUCUUUUGUGACAAA